AUGGCAAGGUCUUUGUUAGCCCUCUCCAUGCAAAACCAUUCAUUUUUAUCAAGCAUCCCAGUUUCCUAUUUCUUUGCUUUCGUGGCAGUACUUAGUGUAUUUUCUCUUGUAACUUUUCUAUGUGCUUCUCAUCGGAAAGCCAAAAAAUCUCACAGACUAAAAGAUGAGGAAAGUUUAACUUCACGUUCAAGUGAGAAGAAGCUCCUUUCAAAGCUAAAUAGUGAUAUUAGAGAAAGGGCUCACUCAAUGGUGAAGAUGAUUUCUUGGAGGAAGCUGCAGGUGCAAGAUGAGGAUUUUGAUGAUGAUGAUGAUGAUGGUAGUGAAGAGAUUUGGAGGAGGUCAAUCAUCAUGGGGGAAAGGUGUAGACCCCUGGAUUUUUCAGGGAAAAUUAUGUAUGAUUGUGAAGGAAAUCUUAUUUCUGAUUCAACUCAAACAGACAAGACUGAAAAAAUUGAUCGCUUGGAAAAAUCAAUGAAUACAAGAUACAAGGUUAAUGCAAAACGACAAGAGAUUUGCACUUGA